AUGUCGCUCGCAUUUCUUGUUUGUGUACGUUGCAGCAGUGGUAAGAUGUGCCAUGCUCGACCAUUCGGGCUGAGCAUUCGGGCCUUGCAAGUCUCGAUUGGCCAGUCUGUCAAGGCACAGCGAAUCAAACCUUCUGUCCUGGAAGACGGACUGAGCGUUAGAGUACACACGGGGGCGCAGGCUUCUCCGUACACCAAUGGGAACAAAUACAGGCUACGCGACUAUGAGAGCAGCUAA